CAGGCGGGAAUCUGGCGGCCGAGGCCGGGACUUCGGGUCCCCUCCCGGGCGAGUCGCGGGGCGGCGGCGGGAAGGGGCACCGCGCGGAGGAAGUGCCCUCUUGGCCGCAGCCAGAGCCGCGCCGCAGGUGCCGCGAUGUCGUCCUGGCCGGGGCGCGAGGAUGCGAGGGCUGGGGGCGCGUGGUGGCCGCGGGAGCCGCUGGAUCAGGAGCUGCAGCGGGCCCGGGAGCAGAAGCGGCGGCGGCACGACGCCCAGCAGCUGCAGCAGCUCAAGCACCUGGAGUCCUUUUAUGAAAAACCUCCUCCUGGGCUUAUCAAGGAAGAUGAGGCUAAGCCAGAAGAUAGCAUACCAGAUAUACCAGGCAAUGAACACGCCAGGGAAUUUCUGGCUCAUGUACCAACUAAAGGACUUUGGUUGCCACUGGGGAAAGAAGUCAGAGUUAUGCAGUGUUGGCAUUGCAAACGGUAUGGUCACCGAACAGGCUACAAAGAAUGCCCUUUCUUUAUCAAAGACAACCAAAAGUUAGAACAGUUCAGAGUAGCACAUGAGGAUUUCAUGUAUGACAUCAUACGAGACAAUAAACAACAUGAAAAGAAUGUAAGGAUACAGCAGUUAAAACAGUUACUGGAGGAUUCUACCUCAGAUGAAGAUAGGAGCAGCUCCAGUUCCUCUGAAGGUAAAGAGAAACACAAGAAAAAGAAGAAGAAAGAAAAGCAUAAGAAAAGGAAGAAAGAAAAGAAAAAGAAGAAAAAACGGAAGCACAAAUCUUCCAAGUCAAAUGAGGGUUCUGACUCAGAGUGACAAGGAUGUGACUUGUUCAACAUUCUCUUCUCAAACACCAAGGAACAGAGGAAGAUGCAGUCAGAGAAAGCAGCAGGAUAGAGACGCCGAGAGAGGAGUAUAUGUGGGUCACAGCAGUGAGCUCCCACCCGCCUUGCAGUGAAGAUGUGACCCCAGGAGAGGGAGUGUCUCCUUCCAGGUGCUAGCUCUGGACAGCAGCUGAUUUUAGGCAGGAAAGUUUCUUCAUCGUUGUCCUCCCUGCUGGUCACAUGAGUUUACGAUUCCUUUGAAGUGUCUCCCACAAGGUGGCAGGGCUGGGAGAAUCUCUGAGGCAUGUCUUCCAGGCCCUCCCACAGCUUGUGCCCUCCACAGUGUAGACUUGAACACCUGGCCUCAUGUGAUCCUUCCACCUUGGCCUCCCAAAGCAUUGGGAUUACAGGCGAGAGCCACUGGUUGGCUAAAAUAUUUAUAUUUACCUGACAUGAUUUGUUGAUUUGGGGGCUAGGGAGUUCUUAAAACAACAAUAAAAAAUCUGUGGGUGCAUUCUACCUCACUUGCUUUCUACUGCCAGAGUCCCAUGAUUUUCACAGAGUGACUGACUCAGAAAAGGUUUAGGAAUAUAGGGGGAUUUCUGUACUAGGUCAGGUAUCCACAUCCCAAAAUCCAUCCCCCCCUUUCUUCCUCUUCCUGUUGCCUGACCACAGCCCACCUGUGCUCUUGUAGCUGAAACUAGGCCACAGUAGGGGCAUCUCAGGAGGCCAGGGUGUGUCUGCAGCUGGAGGAGAGGAAGUCUAUCCUUUGCUGCGCCAAAGUGAAGCCGGAUCUUGCUCAUAGGCAAGUGUGUCCCUCUGUGGCUAGCACUGGUCUCUUGCUGCUUUCGGCACUCAGUCAGGGUCCCAGAAACUCACUCCCAUUUUCUGCCACUUUUCAUGGAGUUUGGAUUGCACCUCUUUAAGGAACAGCCAAGCCAGGCCCAGACUGACCCUUCUUCAAGUCUCAUCAGUCAAUGCUCCUGUUCUUGGCCUCAGAAUACCACCUCCGGAAAACAAUCGGUUGAGACUGGAAUGUCCAGGACUUAACUAUUUCUGAAAACUGUAAGGCCAGUGGAUUCAGCCUUGCCUUACACUUAUCCUUGUCAUGCAGAACACAGGCCAUCUGUCCUCUGCCAUAUGCUCAGCAUUUCUCACCCAGGUACAGCCGGUCCUCUUCUUCCAGGAAUUGGCUACUGUCCCUCUGCAAUCCCAUUCAUGAUAAAAGCGUUCUUAUACAACACAAAAGAUGUUGCAUCAAUGAUUCUCAAACCUCCAAGACAUCCAAAUCAACUAGCAUGCUUAAGAUGCAGAUUGCUGUGCUCGACUCACCAACUUCCAGAAUUUUCCAUUCCCUAGGUCUGAGGUGAACCUGGGAAUCUGCCUUGCUAACAAAUGCUGACACUGUUGAUUUGGGGACCCCACUUGGAGAACCUGGGCUCUAGAUCUCUACCCUCUUACUGAAGCCUUCUUCCACAUCCUGCUUUAACUGGAAUGCAGCCGUCCACCCCUGUAGCCCUUGCAAGUGAAUUGUCCCUUUUCCCUCACUCUGUUUUUUUCUCCUCUGUUUCUAGCCUAGAUUCCAAGGAACAUCACUUUGGCCUGUCAUUUCCCCUGAUCUGUGAUCCUUUUGUCCAGCUUUCCCCAAAGAAGCAUCAAUCAAAAUCUUCCGCUUUGCUCCUGUAGACAGACUACAGGGGAAAAAUCCCAGAGCCCCUACAAAUCCAUCUCCAAACUCAAAUGAGAACUGAGCUCAAAAAGCCCACUAGCAAACCAAAAGUGUGCUAGCCACCCACUUAAACUUUCUUUUUCAGACAUCUCUUUCAGAUAUACAUUUUCCAUUACUAUCCAGGGAGACAAAAUAAGCCCUCAAACCUCCCUUCACUCAGACAUCGUAUGAUGAAUGUCAGACAUCCUACUGAUGUGGUUUGGAUGUUUGUCCGCUCCAAAUCUCAUGAUGAAAUGUAAUCACCAGUGUUGGAGAUGAGGCCUGGUGGGAGGUGUCUGGAUGAUGGGGGCGGAUCCCUCAUGAAUGGGUUAGUGCCAUCCCCUUGGUGAUGAGUCAGUUCACACCAGAUCUGGUUGUUUAAGUGUGAGUGGCACCUCUCCCUCCCUCUUUUGCUCUGGCUGUUGCUGUCACCAUGUGAUAUGCUGGCUCCUCAUUGCCUUCCAUCGUGACUGUAAACUUCUUGAGGCCUCACCAGAAAGAUAUUCCAGCACCACACUUCUUGUACUGUCUGCAGAACCUUGAGCCAGGCAUGUGUCUUUUCUUUAUAAAUUACCCAGGCUAAAAUGGCAUCAUGAUUUCUCCCACUAAUCUUCAGACUGUUAAUAGGAUGCACUUUACUCCUGUGACUAGAUUGUGUUACCAGUACAAGGAAAGGGAGACCACCUGGGUGUUCCUAACCAAAUCAUGAGAACCCUUUGGAACGCGAUUUGUCCCUGGCUGUUAACCAAAGAGGAGGUCAGAGAGUCCAAGCCUGUGAAAGAUUCCACACAUCAUUACUGGUUUUAGAGUUGAAGGGGCCACAUGGUGAGGGAUGCAGCAAACUCUCAUCAAAGCUUCCUGACUAACAGCCAGCAAGGAAAUGGAGCUCUCUGUCCUACAGCUGAAAAGAUCUGCAUUCUGCCACCCUCAAUGAUUCUGGAUGCAUAUUCUUACCCAGAGCCUCCAGAUGGAAGCCCACCUCUGCUGACAUCUUCGGUUGGGGUUUGUGAGAUGCAAGGUUGAGAAACCAGUUGAGCCUGCUCAGGCUUCUGACCUACACCACCGUGAGGUAAUCAGUGGUGGUGGUUUUGAGCUUUUAUGUUUGUGGGAAAGUGUUAAUGCAGCAACAAACUGAUCCAGAGGUUUAAUGAGCUUUCCCUUCUCCUCUCAGGCCAGUCCAUCACCUAUGCUCUGGACCCCACCAACAGCCAGCAGUAAGGGGCAGUGGCUGGAGCACUGGCCCUGCAUCCAGACUGCCUGGCUUUGAGUCCCAUCUUUGCUAGCUGGGGAGUUGCUCCACCUCUCUGUGCCUCCGUGUCCUUGACUAAUCAUGUCUACCAGACUUCUAGUGAGAAUAAGGGGACUUGAUGUCCAUAAAGCAUUUAGAGCAGGGUGUGGCACAUCUCAACUCUAAAUGAAUGUUACCUGUUUCUGCCGCUACUGCUGUCACCAUCAUCUAAUCCUCAGGGAGCUUCCUCCUCCUUUAUCCCAUGUCACUCACGUCUUCAAACUCUUCCUUUCUAUUGUGAUCUUGCCCCAGUAUUUAAAAAUUGUUUUGGCUCAUGCCUGUAAUCUCAACACUGGGAGGUCGAGGUAGGUGGAUCACUUGAGGUCAAGAGUUUGAGACCAGCCUGGCCAACAUGGUGAAACCCCAUCUCUACCAAAAAUACAAAAAUUAGCUGGGCAUGGUGAUACACACCUGUAAUCCCAGCUACUCAGGAGGCUGAGGCAGGAGAAUCACUUGAACCUGGGAGGCGGAGGUUGCAGUGAGCAGAAAUUAUGCCACUGCACUCCAGCCUGGGCAACAGAGUGAGACCCUGCUCCCCCAAACCCCACCAAAAAAAAAAAAAAAAAAACAAUUGUUUUAAAACUGUAAAAUACAUGCCCGUAAGGAGUUCACAAUUCUGAGCCAUUGGAGAAUAAAAAGUGAAAAGGGAGUCUACUUAUGAUGCUUUGAUACAGUGCUCCAGAUCCUGAUCAAAAUGCAUUAGCAAACACACACAUGUAAAUGCAUGGUUUUUGGUUAGCUUUACAUAACUGAUAGACACUAGUAAUACUGUUCUGUGACUUCAUUUCACUCACCAUAUGUUGGCAAUCUUACUGCUCACUACAAGCUUCAAAUGGCUACAAAAUUCCUUGGUUUGAAUAUGCCAUGAUUUGUUUAACCAUUAAUCUAUUUAUCAGAAUGCAAUUCUUUCCCAUUUCUCAUUCCUACAAAGAAGACUGAAAAUAAAAAUUUUUGAGUAAA